CAACAGCAGAGUGGAACAAAAAUUUAUGUGGAUUAAUAAGGAGUGUAUUAAAGGAAACAAUACUCUCAUUACUGUUAUUGGUUCUAAAGAUGCACAAGAGCAGUUGAAAUCUAUGAUUGAAAGCUUAUUGAACAGCAAAGUGAUGGAACCACAUGAAUGUGAAACUCAGAAUGACGAUUGCAGUAAUCCUGAUUAUAGUAAAUGUGAUGAUUCAAACAGUAUUAACACUAUUACUGAUAUCGAUUGGACUGUAGCAGCCAAAGAAUGCGAAGAGUAUCAGCAAAAACAGUGGGCUACUUAUCCUGACGUUAAAAAAAAUUUCUAUAUAGAAGAUCCUGAAGUAGCUAACAUGACAAAAGAGGAAGUGGAAAAAAUUAGGCUGGAAAAUAAUGACAUCAAUGUUGCGCACACCUUUGAAACAGACACGAUAACGGACCAUCACAUUCCCAAUCCUGUACAAACAUUUGAACAAGCUUUUAAACACUAUCCAGAUAUACUAGUGGAAAUAGAAAAACAAGGCUUUGAAAAACCAAGUCCCAUUCAAUGUCAAGCAUGGCCAAUACUCCUAAGCGGCAAAGACAUGAUAGGUAUUGCUCAAACUGGCACAGGAAAAACCCUUGCAUUUCUUUUGCCUGCUUUAUUACAUAUUGAUAAUCAAGAAAUUCCUAGAAGUAAGAGAUCUGGCCCUACAGUGCUUGUGAUGGCACCUACACGAGAAUUGGCUUUGCAAAUUCACAAAGAAGUGAAAAAGUACGACUAUCACGGCAUCAGGGCAGUGUGCGUGUAUGGCGGAGGUAAUAGAUCAGAACAAGUUAAAAUGCUUUCAGAGGGAGUAGAAAUCGUGAUCGCCACACCGGGAAGACUUAAUGAUCUUGUGCAAACAGAUUACUUGGAUGUUAAAGGUGUAUCUUAUUUAGUUUUGGAUGAAGCUGAUCGUAUGCUGGAUAUGGGCUUUGAGCCCCAAAUUAGAAAAACCUUGCUGGACGUGAGACCCGAUCGUCAAUCUAUUAUGACAAGCGCUACUUGGCCUCCUGGUGUAAGACGACUUGCUACAUCUUAUAUGAAGAAUCCAAUCACAGUUUGCGUUGGAUCAAUGGACUUGAAGGCUGUGCAUUCAGUUACGCAAAAGGUAUACAUUGUGAACGAAGACGAAAAAAUAGAUCUGUUGAAGGAAUUCUUCCAAAAUAUGACCCUAGAGGACAAAGUAAUUGUAUUCUUUGGAAAAAAAGCCAAAGUUGACGAUUUGGGAAGUGAUUUAGCUCUACAUGGUGUGAAAUGCCAAAGUAUUCAUGGAGAUCGUGAACAAUGCGACAGAGAACAAGCUUUGGCGGAUAUUAAAAGUGGUGACGUUCGUAUACUUCUUUCUACUGAUGUAGCAAGCAGAGGAAUCGAUAUAGAAGAUAUAACUCAUGUUUUUAAUUACGACUUUCCUCGAGAUAUCGAAGAAUACGUACAUAGAGUAGGAAGAACUGGUAGAGCUGGUCGUACUGGUGAAAGUAUUUCUUUAUUCACGCGCAGGGACUGGGCCUUAGCCAAAGAGCUAAUAAAAAUUCUAGAAGAAGCAGAACAGGAGAUACCACAAGAACUGUACAGUAUGGCUGAUCGUCAUGAUGAGAUGCAGAAAAGAAAAUCUGAGGAACGAGAUGGAAGAAGAUAUGGAAGUAGCAGAGGUGGAAAUAGAGGAGGAAGAAAUGGUAGUGAUCGUUUUGGAGGAAGAUGGUAGUCAUUAAAUAGUACUUGUUUCAAAAAUACUCAGUAUUUUUACGAAUUAACAGAUUUUUUUAUAAAACUUUUUAACUGAUCGAUUUGUUGAAUUUGUUGAUGCAAAAUUAUGAAUGUGUUCACAGCAUGAUCAUCAUGCUACUAUGGGAUAAUAAUUUUUAUAUUUAAAAAAAUUUUUAAUUUAAGUAAUAUUACCUAUAAUGAAUUAUGUACACUCUAUUUUUUUAAUAUGAUUUACUUAUUUUUUACUGGUUAUUAAUAACUUUGUUGCAAUUGCUAUCUAAAGAAAAAACUGUUAGCAAAUCUGUGAUAAAAUGUAAAAGUUUGUAAAUUUAAUUACAGUAGUUCCCUGUCAAAGUAAAUG